AUGAGCGACGAACAUUUCUCGGACGAAAACGGACAGACGAAGGAGGAGGAGCAGUCAUCGCAGGUUGCCCAGGAUGAGCCACAGGCACCGCAGCACCCAGACGGCGGGCUGACGGCCUGGCUCUGUGUUCUGGGCUGCGGCGCAUGCUACUUCUGCUCUUACGGAUGGAUCAACGCCCUGAGCGUGUUCCAGGAAUACUACAAAAAUGUGGCGCUGAGCUCGUACUCGUCGCUCGACGUGGGCUGGAUCGCCACGCUCCAAAACUUCUUCCUGCAAUUCUGCGGCCCCUUUGUCGGCCUCCUCUUCGACCGCUUCGGCCCCACCUACCUGCUCAUAACCGGCGCCGUCCUUCACGUCUUCGGCCUCAUGAUGGCUUCCAUCAGCAAGGAAUACUACCAGUUCGUGCUGGCGCAGGGGGUGUGCAGCUCCAUCGGCACCAGCUUCAUCUUCAACCCGGCCACGGUCAGCGUGCCCAUGUGGUUCGGCCCCAAGAAGCGCGGCUUCGCCAUCGCCAUAUCGUCGACGGGCGCGCCCAUCGGCGGCAUCAUCUACCCCAUUGUCGUGAACCGCAUCAUCGACGGCGUCAACUUUGGCUGGGCGAUGCGGACGUGCGCCUUCAUCAUCCUCGCGCUGAUGGUCGUCGCCGUCGUCACGGUGCGGCUGCCGUCGAAGCCGGUCAAGCGCAGCAUCAACCGGACCAUUGUGCGGCGCAUGGGCUCGGGGCCGUUUGUGUUCCUCGUCGCCGCCUUCUUCUUCUUCACCAUGGGCGUGCUGCUGCCCAUCACGUACAUGACGCAGAACGCCGUGGCCAAGGGGCUCGACACGGGGCUGGCGCGGUACCUGGUCAGCAUGUACAACGCCGGCGCCUUUGUGGGGCGCGUGAUGCCCGGUGUCGUCGGGCACAAGACGGGCUUCUUCGACAUCACGACCGUCUCGUGCGUGCUCACUGGCGUCUUCACGCUCGCGCUGUGGAUCCCGGCCGCCGGUACCCCGCCGCUGGUCGCAUUCGCCGUGCUGUUCGGAUGGUCGGCGAACGCCGUCAUCGCCGCCAUGCCCAUGCUGAUCUCGCUCGUGUCGGAGCCGCACGAGCUGGGCGUGCGUGCCGGGACCGUCUUCGCGGCCGGCGGCUUGGGCGCGCUGGCCGGCUUGCCGAUUGGAUCGGUGCUGGUGCACGGCAACGACUACAACCAGAUGAAGAUCUUUGCCGGCGUCAUGCUUUUGGCUGGCGCGUGUUGCUAUGCCGCGUCGCGGCUUUGCUUGAGCGGACUGAAAUUGCGAGGGCCAUGA